UUACGUUUGAAAGUCUUUUCCUUCUUUGAUAAUUACAGGUGGGAACUGCACGGAAUGCGAGAUUGCCCAGGUUGCAAUGGCAGCCUCUUGCAAUUGCCAUUUGCUGCUACGAGCAGUGGUUGUGUUACUUUCCUUCGGACUGGUUAUUCGUGGAAUCGUGACAGCAGUGCCUGGGCCUAGUGUCUAUUACAUAGAAAGUUCAGUGAGGCAAUUUUUCAUGGCUCCAAACCUGACAUUUCAGCGACAGACUGCAAUGCGUGUUUUUACAGGAUAUAAUCGUUGUGAGUGCCAGGAUUUCUGCUUUGCCCUUGGAUCUACUGCGUGUCAAGCUUGGUCCUUGGUUAAGGUGUCAGGACAACGGGAUUCUUGGGAAUGUCGGCUCAUAAACGUUGGUCCAGAGACCACAGAACUCCUUCCUGAUUCAAACGCAUCCUACUACUUCAAGAAAUCGAGCGUUUCAGUCACAUACUCAUGGAAACCGGACAAACUCUUCUACGUCGCUCUCAGUGGAAGUUACGGCUCGCUUGCUGCCAAAGCUCGCUGCGUCAAGAUUCCAGGCCACAGACUGAUCAUCGUCAAAUCCAGGGAGACCUUCUAUUUCUUCUCAGAAGUUUCGAGAAUGAAUGACAGACCUUUUUGGGUCUCAGACCUGCGGAAGAUCUCGCUGGGCGAAUACAAAUGGGGAGACGGCAGCAACAUUUCCGUGACCAACGGAAGUUUUCGAAUCGACGAACCUCUGACCAGCAACGUCUUCAUUUCCUCGAGUAUGAAGCUCGACAACUCGCUGGAAACGAGGGACGGUCCUUACAGGGGACUUUGCCAAGCAAACCCUCUCGGAAUAGGGUGGUAAAGAGCAAGUGAAGAAGAAAAACUAGUGGAAACAAGUGCUUUACGAAACUUGAGCAAAGAAAGGGAAAAGAAAGAAGUAACAAAAAGUAGAAAAUUCUUUUUUUCACAAGUAAAGAAUUAUUUCACAGAUGUUUGCAUAUUGAUGCUUCCACACUGGUAGAUUUAUUGUCACAAAUUUAGUUUUUGAUUAGAUUUUCUGGGCCUGAUCCCUUAUACUAUCAGGUGUCUCUUAUCAACGAUUCUUUGUCAAAAGCGAAUUUUGGUUAGUAGACAAAAAUCUAG